AUGAGGAGCACGACUGGCUCGCCAACUAUGGACGUGCAGCCGCGCCGCGGCGUGGCUCCCGUCGACGAGCGGCGGACCCCGGAGGCACCUCGGGAGGCAGUACCGCCUCCACAGGUGGAGGGGCCGGCGGGGCUGGGGCGUGGCUUUGACCUUCUGGGGUCGGCUAAUGCUCCGUCGUCGACACCUCCUACUCCGGCGACUGGUGGGUUAUCAAGGCCAGGGUCGGUGCGGGGGGCUUCAUCGCCUCUUACCCCUGCAUCACCUGCCUCCUCGCCCGCUUCGUCGAUCGUUCCUGCUUCGCCCACUUCUUCACCGCGUUCGAGCUCUACUCCACCGGUCUCCACUUUGCAGCAUCCUCCCCCUACCGUCCCUCCUCCUGUUGUUCAGCCGACGAUAAGGAGGAGUGGGAGGUACGCGCUUGCGGAGGAUGGUGCGGGACCAACCGAUGAGGACGCCAUGCAGAGAGUCAUGCGACGCAAGGCGGAGAAGAACCUGGACACGGCAGGUGCUUUAUGUGGGUCUUCCCAAUCAAAAAUUCAGGCCGCACCAGCCCUCGAGGCUGCAUACCAGGAGAACUGUGUGUUAAGCCUAGUAGCAUAA